GGAUAAACACCUACUAAUUUUUUAAAAAUUGAAUUCCUGGUAGAUAGCUAUGAAAUGAAGUUUUUUCUCAUCCAUUUAUAAACCGAAAAAUAUGUGUAUCAUGCAGGUGAUGUGUCAUUAUCAUUUUUAAAAAGCCUUAAGCCAUGGCCUAUGCGGUUCUCCUGGUACGUGAAAAAUAAUGGACGAUUCCACACCUGUCAACUUUAACCUGGAGUCAAAAUUAAUUUUCUGCUGUGAAAGGAAAACCCUUAUAUUGGAAAUGUAGAGAAAUGGACCAUGCGCAGUACCGUUACAGUAGUUUAGCAGAACAUUUCAAAAUAAAGUAGAUUUUAACUAAUUUCGACGAGCUGUUCCGCAAACAUGCCUGCUCCGCAAUAUUACAUGGAUCUUGCCCAUUCUAUGCAAAACUGGUUACAAAAUUUCUACAGUAUUAAAGUCUCCUCUGAAUGGUUAGCUGCUUGCUUGGAAUGGAUUGAACAAGAAAAUAAGAACACUGGUAAUGUACAGUCAGUAGAGAACCUACAAUGUCUAAUCUUUGAACAGUGGUUAAUGUCUGACCUGUCUGAAAUAGGAGAAAGUUUAUUGCCUACAAGUAUAGCUUCAACAGACAAUGUAGAGUUGACACAGAAUUAUCCACUCCAGAUAAUUUCUUGUAUAGAUGUGGGCAGCUCAUUAUUUAGUCAACUACAAAAGUUUGAAGGUCAAAAGGCGGAGUACGAUGAAUUAUCAGACAAUAAAAAACCAUGGACGGCAAAACCAUCACGCAUGUUGAUGUUAAGCUUGACAGAUGGACAUACCCAAAUUAAGGCAAUGGAAUAUCAACCAAUACAAAUUUUAAAUGACCCAUUACCUUAUGGACUUAAGGUCUUGUUGCAUGGACCAUUGAAAUGUAGAAGAGGAAUUAUUUUAUUGACUCCUCAAAACAUACACAUUUUAGGAGGAGAGGUAGAGACUACAGAAGAAGAUCACAAACCUCAAGUAGUUAUACAGAAAUCUAUGUUAAACAACAGAGAAAAUGGAGACAACAGUGCCAGGUGUGAGUUUUCUGGCACGUUUCUGGUUCAAAAUAAAAAACCUCAGUCAGACAAUAGCAUUAGUAAGGAGAAAAUGUCAAAAAGUUGUUCAAAUACUAGCUCAUUUAGUAAAAAAACAGCUACUGCUCUAAGUAGUCUAAUGAAAAGAGAGAACCCACUUGAACAUUCAAAUUCUAACAUUAAAGUGGAGAGCAAGGAAACAAAACCACUCAUUAGAAAUGAUGAUGAAUGGCACGAUGACACAGACUAUUCUCUACUGUUAGAAGAUGAGUUCAACUACAAUGAAACUGAAGAAAUAAAAGAAGAAAAAGAUGUGAUAUACAUAGGUCAGACCUCCACUACUAGUUCAGGUGUAUUAAAGGAAACACAGAGUCAAAACUCUAAUCUAGCAAAAGGCAUUUCUGGUAGUCAAACUAUUCAGUUUCAAGCCAAGAUGAACAGUUAUUUCAAUAGUGUGGGCAGAGAAAGUCAAGGGAUACAUAAUAAACAAGGCCAAUUGACUUCAAAUUUAAAAAGAUCUCAUAAGUCUCUUACACAUAAAAGCUCCUUAAGUCAAAGUAAACUUAAGCUAGUAGAUAAUUCAAAAAGUAGAUACAGUACAUCACCAGGGUCAACACAUUUGUUAAAUAAUAGAAGCCCAAUGCAAUCUUCUGCAUCAACCAAAACAAUUUCCAACUCAGUAGAAAGUUUAUCUUCACACCAUGCUGCCAAUGAGAAGAGGUUGAAGUUGGCAGUUCAAGAGCCUGUUUUCAAGUCUGUACAUGAAGAGAAAUAUAUACCACAAGCUGUUGUUCGACCAAUAGAUCUCCAAGCACAGCAGCAUAAAGAUCUUGUUCAGUUACCAUACCAAUAUCUUUCAACUAUCAACACUUUGAUGCCUCCUACAACUCUCACUGUAAAGGCUUAUAUCAGUACUUUAACAGAAAAAUUAAGCUGUGGUAAUGGAGAUCGUUGGACUCUAGCCUGUAGAAUCAAUGAUGGCACAGCUAGCAUAGAUGUUGACUUGGAUGAUAAGGUACUAACUGAAUUGAUAGGAUUUUCUGCUCAUACAAGUGUACAGAUGAAACAAGAAAUGAAAACUCAUCCCAAGAUUAAAGAAGACUUAAUGCAAGGUUUAUCCCAAUGUCAACAGAAACUUAUCAACAUGUCUUGUCUGAUGGAGUUAAAAAUAUUUAGCUUUUACAGUAAACCUGUAGUGACAAAACUUCUGAUACCUUCUUCUGAACAUAUUUAUGAACUAUUAAAAAAAUUAUCAAAACAUUUAUAAUGUUUAUUAUAUUUUAAAAGGAUAAUUUUUGGAUUGUAUAGUAUUGUUAUUAUUAUGUACCGUAUGUUUAAAAAACAUUAAAAAGAAUUAUCUAUUUCAAAAUGCUUUUUUUUCUACAGAAAAUGACUAACAUCUAUUACAUGAUUUUUUUGCACAUCUAACACUAUUUCAACAUUAAAUAAACAUUUCAUUUAAUAAUAAAUGGAUCUUAUAUUGAUGAUACUUUGCAUUGACCACAGGAACUGAUAAUAUUUACCCUGCUUCACCUAUUUAGGUUUCUGAAGGGGAUUAAACUUGGACAAAAUAUAUUUCAUUUUCUGGUCAGACUCUGUAACUAAGAUAAUGUCAACAUUUGUAACACAAAGGAAACACUGGUAACUCCUGUGUUGAUAGUACAGAGCUAAUAGAUCCCUUGGGAGCUCAUUUUCAUCAUGGCAGUGUGCUUGAUACAGAAAUUAUUGAAACAACUCUUUUAAUUAUACCGGUACUUCACUUGUUACUGUCCAGCUUUGGUGAAUUUCAAUUACAAGACAAUAUUAGUCAAAAUGUAUAUUUGCUGUGUGCAUUGUUAGAGUGCCAACACUAUGCACACUGACUUGAAGCUUUGUUUAAAAUUUGCCAAGACUCCUUGAAUGAGUAAUUUAUAUUA